CUUUUCUCCCAAAAACUCUUGAAUAAUGAAGCACAAGUCCCCACAAACUUUUUCAUUAGAUCUCCUCCAUUCUUCGUCUCCCUUUCUCUAUAAAAAUGGAGCCAUAAAACCUAAAUCCCACUUCGCACCACACAUUCCAAAAUCCAAAUCUUAUCAGCAGAUAUUGUUCUAUUCGCUUUCCAAAGCAUCAUCUUUUACCCAGUUCUCUGUGCAGCAUUUCAAACCACACCUUUUCCACGACGAUUUUGUUCAAUAACCCGUGAUAAUAACAACAUUCGAAUGCCAUAAUCCCUUAUCUAAUCCUCGCCUAUAUCUAUAUAUAAUCUGCACCCACCACAGCCAUGGCGGUGGCCUACCCGUAUUUUACAGCCAACGACACCCACGCGCCGCCGCGGCCGAUGGCCCCCCUCCUCACGCAAGACGACCUGAAGAGAAUCGCCGCCUACAAGGCCGUCGAGCACGUGAAGUCCGGAAUGGUCAUCGGGCUCGGCACGGGCUCCACGGCCCGACACGCCGUGGACCGUAUCGCAGACCUCCUGAAGCAGGGGAAGCUCAGGGACGUCGUCGGCGUGGCCACCUCCACGAAGACGCGCGACCAGGCCGCCUCCCUCGGCAUCCCGCUGUCAGAUCUGGACACCCACCCGGCCCUAGAUCUGGCGAUAGACGGCGCCGACGAGGUCGACCCGGAUCUGAACCUGGUCAAGGGCCGGGGCGGAUCCCUUCUCAGAGAGAAAAUGAUAGAAUCCGUGAGCAAAAAAUUCAUCGUCAUCGUGGAUGAAUCCAAGCUGGUGAGCCACAUCGGAGGGAGCCGUCUCGGCAUGCCGGUGGAGGUAAUCCCCUUCUGCUGGGAGCAUUCUCUUAGAAGGUUGGUGAGUUUGUUCGCCGAUAGGGGCUGUUUUGGGGAGCUGAGGAGGAGUUGCGGGGAGGACGGGGAGACUUACAGGGAAAUUGGGGAUUUGAAGGAGGCCGGCGACCGGAUUCUGAGGCUGCCGGGGAUUGUGGAGCACGGGAUGUUUGUUGGGAUGGCGACGUCGGUGAUUGUGGCCGGAGUUAACGGCGUGACGGUGAAGACGAAGGCGGUUGGGGGUGGAUUGGAGGUUGAUUGUUUUAAUUAUGGGGAUUUGAGGAAUGGGUUUUGA